GCAUUGCUCACUUAGGCUUACAGAAAACGCAACGUCAUACUCUCAAUUUUGGCGAGCUUCCCAAAGACCCUCGUUCUCCUGCCUCUCCCAACACUUCUCACACUUUAUAAGUGUGAGAAAAGCGCCGCUCUUCUCUCUCUUCGAUUGACUUCACUUCGGAUCUCUCUUUCUCUCUCUCUUUAGAUCUCUCUGCUUUCUGGGUAUAUUCUAGAGGAGAGAGAAAGAGUUUCAGCAAUAACAAUGGCAGCAGAUCAAUCCGCUAAGCCUGCCGGAGUUUGGCCCACUGUUAAACCCUUCGUUAAUGGCGGUGCUUCCGGUAUGCUUGCUACCUGUGUCAUUCAACCCAUCGAUAUGAUCAAGGUGAGAAUUCAAUUGGGUCAAGGAUCAGCUGUUCAGGUUACCAAGAACAUGCUUGCAAAUGAGGGUAUUGGUACCUUCUACAAGGGUCUGUCUGCUGGUUUGCUUAGGCAGGCCACAUACACAACAGCAAGACUUGGAUCUUUCAGGAUAUUGACGAACAAAGCUAUAACUGCUAAUGAUGGAAAGCCUUUGCCUUUGUACCAAAAGGCUCUUUGUGGAUUAACUGCUGGUGCUAUUGGAGCAUCUGUUGGUAGUCCCGCUGAUCUUGCACUCAUUCGUAUGCAAGCUGAUGCUACUUUGCCAGCUGCACAACGGAGACAUUACAAGAACGCAUUCCAUGCCCUUUACAGAAUUGUUUCCGAUGAGGGGGUUUUGUCACUCUGGAAAGGUGCAGGUCCAACUGUUGUAAGAGCUAUGGCAUUGAACAUGGGAAUGCUUGCCUCUUAUGACCAAUCUGUGGAAUUCUUUAGGGAUUCUGUUGGCCUCGGUGAAGCUGCUACUAUUGUAGGUGCUAGUGCUGUUUCUGGAUUCUUCGCUUCUGCUUGCAGUCUACCAUUUGAUUACGUGAAAACACAAAUUCAGAAAAUGCAACCUGAUGCUACCGGGAAGUACCCAUAUACUGGUUCGUUGGACUGUGCAAUGAAAACAUUGAAAGCUGGUGGACCCUUGAAAUUCUACACUGGAUUCCCUGUCUACUGUGUUAGAAUUGCCCCACAUGUCAUGAUGACAUGGAUUUUCCUGAACCAAAUUCAGAAGUUUGAGAAAAAAGUUGGAUUGUAGGAUCAGAGACAAGGUCAUGCUGCUGUAAUAGUCAACCCUAAUAUUGCAACUCUGGCUGCUGGUUUCAGGCCUCAGCAACAGUCUUUUUUUUUUAUCUUUUAUCGCAUUCAACCUUUCAAAUUUUGCUGGAACUGUAAUAAAUUAGCAAAAACUAUCGGCUUAGAAUUACAUGAUUCUUUUGGGGUAGGAUGAAGCCAUCCUUAGUGAUAGCUGGAUUAGUUACAUUUGUGGGAGUUGGAGACUAUAAAAUCAUCGCGGAAAUUGUAACCUCAACCAUAAUGUGGUUGUUUAUUUUGUCUUCUUACAAAAAUUUCUCGCUAUUUUUAAGCAAAGCCUGGCUCAUUAGAUAGCUGGUAUUAUUGCUCA